GGCGGGCCUCAGACAGUCUAUGCGAGUUGCGGGGCCCGGGGGCCGGGCGACUGUUUCCUGUCCUGGUGCAUGGUGGUCGGACGAAGGAAUUGUUGGAAAAUUUUCUCGGAGGUAGAAAAUGUUGUUAGCCCAAAUAAAUCGAGAUUCUCAGGGAAUGACAGAGUUUCCUGGAGGAGGAAUGGAGGCUCAACACGUGACCCUGUGCCUAACAGAGGCAGUAACUGUGGCAGAUGGUGACAAUUUAGAAAAUAUGGAAGGUGUAAGCUUGCAAGCAGUGACACUUGCAGAUGGUUCUACUGCUUACAUACAACACAAUUCUAAAGAUGGAAAACUCAUAGAUGGUCAAGUCAUUCAAUUGGAGGAUGGCUCUGCUGCCUAUGUUCAACAUGUACCUAUACCAAAAAGUAGGGACAGUUUGCGUCUAGAGGAUGGUCAAGCAGUACAGUUAGAAGAUGGGACUACAGCAUUUAUUCAUCAUACCUCCAAAGAGACUUAUGACCAGAGUGCGUUGCAAGCGGUUCAGCUGGAGGACGGCACCACAGCUUACAUCCAUCACGCAGUGCAAGUCCCACAGUCUGACACCAUCUUAGCAAUUCAGGCUGAUGGCACAGUGGCAGGUCUGCACACUGGGGAUGCAACCAUUGACCCUGACACCAUCAGUGCUUUGGAACAGUAUGCAGCCAAGGUGUCGAUUGAUGGAAGUGAAAGUGUAGCAGGCACUGGAAUGAUAGGAGAAAAUGAACAAGAGAAAAAAAUGCAGAUUGUCUUACAAGGACAUGCAACAAGAGUAACUGCUAAAUCUCAACAGAGUGGAGAGAAAGCAUUUCGAUGUGAAUAUGAUGGGUGUGGAAAAUUAUAUACAACAGCUCAUCAUCUUAAGGUCCAUGAGAGGUCACACACAGGAGACCGGCCCUAUCAGUGUGAGCAUUCUGGCUGUGGAAAAGCAUUUGCAACAGGUUACGGAUUAAAAAGUCAUUUCAGAACUCAUACAGGAGAAAAGCCAUAUCGGUGUUCAGAAGACAAUUGUACUAAAUCUUUCAAAACUUCAGGAGAUCUCCAGAAACAUAUCCGAACUCAUACAGGAGAAAGGCCCUUUAAAUGUCCCUUUGAAGGCUGUGGUCGAUCCUUUACAACAUCAAAUAUCAGAAAAGUGCAUAUUAGGACACAUACAGGAGAAAGACCUUAUUACUGCACAGAACCAGGAUGUGGGAGAGCGUUUGCCAGUGCAACUAAUUAUAAAAACCAUGUGCGGAUACAUACAGGGGAGAAGCCAUAUGUUUGCACAGUUCCUGGGUGUGACAAAAGGUUUACAGAGUAUUCCAGUUUGUAUAAACACCAUGUCGUUCAUACUCACUCCAAACCAUACAAUUGUAACCACUGUGGGAAGACAUACAAGCAGAUCUCCACACUGGCCAUGCACAAGCGGACUGCCCACAAUGACACAGAACCCAUUGAGGAGGAGCAGGAAGCCUUCUUUGAGCCUCCCCCAGGUCAAGGUGAAGAUGUUCUUAAAGGGCCCCAGAUCACAUAUGUUACAGGUGUCGAAGGAGAGGAUGUUGUAUCUGCACAAGUAGCCACAGUAACCCAAUCUGGGUUAAGUCAACAAGUUACACUCAUAUCUCAGGAUGGGACUCAGCAUGUCAAUAUAUCUCAAGCUGACAUGCAAGCUAUUGGUAAUACCAUCACUAUGGUAACACAGGAUGGCACACCCAUCACCGUUCCUGCUCAUGAUGCAGUCAUCUCCUCAGCAGGAACACACUCUGUUGCUAUGGUUACGGCGGAGGGUACAGAAGGGCAGCAGGUUGCAAUUGUGGCUCAGGACUUGGCAGCGUUCCAUACUGCUUCAUCAGAGAUAGGACACCAGCAACACAGCCAUCACUUAGUAACCACAGAAACCAGACCUCUGACCUUAGUGGCAACAUCCAAUGGCACCCAGAUUGCAGUACAGCUUGGAGAACAGCCAUCUUUAGAAGAAGCCAUCAGAAUAGCAUCCAGGAUCCAACAAGGAGAAACGCCGGGAUUGGAUGAUUGAUCCUCUGAACAAUAAAACAAUAAAGCAGGAGGAGCCUUUCAGCUUCUGGCAGCAGAGAUCCAUGAAACCCGGGCCCAGGAAAAUGAGAAGUUUACCAUGCCCUGAUACCCUGUACACAUUUUUAUGCAAAAGUGGAGAUCAUUUUAUUCUUGACACUUUUGUGUAUAUAACCCUUUGGAUAGAUUCCCUAACAGGUUCAUUGUGUACAGGAAGUUAUGAAAUUAGGGCACUACAGUAAAUUUUCAUGUUACUCUUCUGUCAAACCACAAACUCAUGGAAUCUACAUGCAAGACCAGUGAAGUCCUAUGGAGUCUUAUGAUGGAUUUUAACUUACUGUGAAAAAAUGUUAAAGGUUCUAUAUGUCAAACAAUCACAAUUCCAAAAGCCAUCAUGGAUAAUAAAGAAUGUAAAGCCCUUCAAAUAUUUCCCCCAGUUAGUAGAGUAUCUGCAAUUUUUAUUCCACUGUAUACUGGUCCAUUUUUAUUUGUAUCUCAUGGUUUGAAGACUAUGCACUUAUAGUUUCCCAUUCCUGUUAAAUAUCAACUUUUCAAGCUGAAAUGCUAAUUAUAUUAGCAUUACCUUGGAUUAUGUAUAAAAAUUACAAGGUUUGGUUAUUUAAAAUUAAACAGUUAAAUCCAGUGCUUUGGUUCUGUUAAGAUUUUAUGUAGUGCUCAGUUUUCCUUGUUACUGUUUUUAAAAUAAUGAACUACAAAGUUUGACCACAGGCUGGUGCCCGGGAUAACAGUGCUGUAAUUAGAAAUGGCUUUACUCUUAAACUAGAUUAGUGGAUUGGUGUAAAUUAUUUAUUUUUGCCUAUGUACUUUUGUUUUAAAGCUUAUUUACCCUAAAGUUUAUUAUUAAUUUUGAAUACAGCAAUUUUUAAAA